UCCCAGAGCUCCACCAGCCGGCCGAGCGCCCCGAGAGGCGGAGCAGCGGCGCCGCGGUGGCGGCGGCGCCAGGACCCGGCGGAGCGGGCGCAGCGGAAGCGCGGCGGCCGGAGCGGCUGGCGGAGGGCGGCGCGCAGGCACCAUGACUCCCAUGAGGACCCAGCACUCGUUGGCGGGGCAGACCUAUGCAGUGCCGCUCAUCCAGCCAGACCUGCGGCGAGAGGAGGCCAUCCAGCAGGUGGCAGAUGCCCUUCAGUACCUGCAGAAAGUCUCUGGAGACAUCUUUAGCAGGAUCUCCCAGCGAGUAGAGUUCAGCCGGAGGCAGCUGCAGGCCAUUGGGGAGAGGGUCUCCUUGGCCCAGGCCAAGAUUGAGAAGAUCAAAGGCAGCAAGAAGGCCAUCAAGGUGUUCUCCAGUGCCAAGUACCCAGCACCAGAGCGUCUGCAGGAGUACAGUUCCAUCUUCACAGGUGCCCAGGACCCUGGCGUGCAGAGACGCCCCCGCCACAGGAUCCAGAGCAAGCACCGCCCCCUGGAUGAGUGGGCCCUGCAGGAGAAGCUGAAGUACUUCCCUGUGUGUGUGAACACCAAGCCAGAGCCUGAGGAUGAGGCCGAGGAGGGGCUCGGGGGCCUUCCCAGCAACAUCAGCUCCGUCAGCUCCUUGCUGCUGUUCAACACCACUGAGAACCUGUACAAAAAGUACGUCUUCCUGGACCCCCUGGCUGGUGCUGUAACGAAGACCCACGUAAUGCUGGGGGCAGAGACAGAGGAAAAGCUGUUCGAUGCCCCUUUGUCCAUCAGCAAGAGGGAGCAGCUGGAGCAACAGGUUCCAGAGAACUACUUCUAUGUGCCUGACCUGGGCCAAGUGCCUGAGAUCGACGUGCCAUCCUACCUGCCUGACCUGCCAGGCAUCGCUGAUGACCUCAUGUACAGUGCUGACCUGGGCCCCGGCAUCGCCCCCUCCGCCCCUGGCACCAUUCCAGAGCUGCCCACCUUCCACACAGAGGUGGCCGAGCCUUUCAAGCCAGACCCAGAAGAUGGAGUGCUGAUAGCACCCCCACCCCCACCCCCACCCCCGCCGCCUCCCCCAGCUCCAGCUGUGCUGGUCAGCGCUCCGCCACCCCCACCCCAGACCCUGGCCUCCCCGGGCCAAGGUGCCAGGGAAGAAGACCGCAGUGGUGGCUUGUCUCCAGCUACAGUCCAGGGAGCUCCCAAGGAAGUGGUGGACCCCUCCAGUGGCCGGGCCACUCUCCUGGAGUCCAUCCGCCAGGCUGGGGGCAUCGGCAAGGCCAAGCUACGCAGCGUCAAGGAGCGCAAGCUGGAGAAGAAGAAACAGAAGGAGCAGGAGCAAGUGAGAGCCACAAGCCAAGGUGGGGACCUGAUGUCGGAUCUCUUUAACAAGCUGGUCAUGAGGCGUAAAGGUAUCUCUGGUAAAGGACCUGCAAUGGGGACCGGUGAGGGGCCAGGAGGAGCCUUUGCCCGAAUGUCAGACUCCAUACCGCCUCUGCCUCCCCCACAGCAGCCACCUGGAGAAGAAGAUGAGGACGACUGGGAAUCCUAGGGGUUAGCCGUUCCUUCCCCACCAAAACCCAGAUUUAGUUACUGCCCUCACAUGGACAUGGCUAGGAAGGGCUGCCUGGCCCGUGAGUCGCUCUGCCCCUGCUGCCCUUGGAGGAACAGGGAUUGUGGAGGACUGCCCCCCUCCCAGGUCUGUGCCCGGAACCUUCUUCAAGGAGUGAGGUGGCCAGCUUCUGAGGCCAAAUGGCUGGGAGGGGGGAGCCCCCUGCUCUCUGCCUGUGCUCUCCUCCAGCUACAGACUGAAAUAAAUACGUGGAUCAAUAAAGACAUAAUACCGCAAGAACCAAGCAUAAA